GAUACAACCUAACCUUCAAAAAUCACAGUAAACAAAAUAUUUAAAAGUUGAAAAAGCCGCUUUUACUUUAAGUUGUAAUGUGUGCUAUUUGUUAUUAUUUUACUGUAUGAAAGCUAAUCGUAUACAUAUACUCAACAACUUUGUAAAUUCUAUAAUAAUGAAACGAACCAAAACUACAAGAGCUAGUAGUAAAAUCCUUAAACAAGAGGAAACUGAAUCAGAAAUUAAAACGAUCCCCAAAGUAGAUUUAUCAGCAUUUAAAAAGGUGCCUAAAUCCAAAUUAAUGAAUAAUGUAAAACUAGAAGAAGUUGGAGAAAAUUCAGAACAAUGUAAAGAGGAAGAAACUCUUGAAAGAGAUAUUAAAGCAGACCCCGACAAAGAACUAAGUCCUAAAAGAGAGCACAUUAAAAUAGAGUACGAUGAAGUAGGCAAUGGAUCUGGAGUAAAAAAGAACAAAAGGAUGCCUGAGAACUGGGAACAAGUUCUGGCAAAUUUGAAAGAAAUGAGGAAACAUUCAGAUGCCCCUGUAGAUUCCAUGGGAUGUGAUAAGUGUCAUGACGAAAAUGCACCACCAAACGUCAUGAGGUAUCAACAACUUCUUGCACUGAUGUUAAGUAGUCAAACGAAAGAUCAAAUCACCCAUGCUGCUAUGAAGAGACUGAUAGAUCAUGGUUGUACUGUUGAAAACAUAUUAGGUACAGCAGACGAGAAAUUGGGAGAACUAAUCUAUCCAGUCAGCUUUUGGAGAAAUAAAGUGAAAUAUAUCAAAAAAACCAGUGAUAUACUACAGAAAGAAUAUGAUUGCGACAUUCCAGAUACAGUAGAAAAAUUGUGCAAGUUACCAGGAGUAGGACCUAAAAUGGCACAUAUUUGUAUGGAAACAGCUUGGGAUAAAGUGACAGGAAUAGGUGUUGACACCCACGUUCACAGGAUAUCAAAUCGUCUAAGAUGGGUGAAUACCAAUACUCCCGAAGAUACGAGGAAGGCUUUAGAAGAUUGGCUACCGCAGGAAUUAUGGAGCGAGGUAAAUCUCCUACUCGUUGGUUUUGGGCAGCAGAUUUGCGGAGCUGUGAAGCCCCAGUGUUCGACUUGUUUAAAUAAGGAACUUUGUCCUUUUGGUAAGAAGUAUAUCAAAGGAGAAGCAAAAACUAAGAAGACCAAAAGUAAAAAAUGAAUAGAUUAAGCUGAACCCCCCGUUCUUUAUGUUUAUAUGUUUGAUCGAUCUGUUUUUAUAUUUUUUUAAAUAAACAAUGUUUCUAU